UUGAUAUUUGUGAAUAUUAUUCAGGAUCAGCUCCUGAACGAAGCACGAGAUGUUCUUUCUGAUUGGUUGGAUGGUAAAUUUGGAAGCGCGGUCAAUGAUCACAGCGUGUUGAUAACCUCGCUAAAGCGUACGUACGAAAGCGAAUUCCUCCAGGAUAUGGCACGCCUCAACGUUCUUCCUGCAGACAUCGUAACCAGGGUCUCAGAAUAUGUGCCAGAGAUUGUCGCCUAUGUGGAAAAAAUAAUAGCGAACGGAUAUGCUUACACUACUAAUGACGGCUCUGUCUACUUCGAUACGAAAGCUUUUGAAAACAAUCCAAAACAUUUCUAUGCGAAACUAGUACCAGAAGCCUAUGGUGAUACUGAGUCGUUGGAGAAAAAUAUGCGUGAAGGCGAAGGAGAACUCAGUAUGACGGCUGACAGACUAAUGCAAAAACGAAAUCCAUCUGACUUUGCACUCUGGAAGUCAUCGAAGGAAGGAGAGCCGUUCUGGGAUAGUCGUCCUGGUUGGCAUAUUGAAUGCUCGGUAAUGUCUACGGCAGUAUGCGGAGAUAAACUCGACAUUCAUGCUGGUGGAUUUGAUCUGAAGUUCCCUCAUCAUGAUAAUGAAAUAGCUCAGGUUGAAGCUUACUAUGACAACCCACAAUGGGUUAAUUACUUCCUUCACUGUGGCACACUUCGGAUAGCUGGCAUGAAAAUGAGCAAAUCGCUGAAGAAUUUCAUCACUAUUCGCGAAGCUCUUCAAACAUUACACCUCUAG